AUGAAUUGGAUGGGCGUAUUUAACGAGGUGGAAAUAAAUGGAAGCCCAACUUUCGUUCUCACAACAUCCCAAAUACACAGUUCAAACUCCUCCGACGAAGCAGCCAUCGAUUCCGGUGUUGAACCUCUUUUCUUAUGCCCGUUGAGACGUUUUCAUUCGGAACAAGAUAGAAAAGAGAACAGCGAGAGACUGAGAGACGGUGAUAGGUUUGUCCCGUUCCAUGAUUCCCCUCACUUUCCCUACAGAGCUCAGCAAGACGAGCCUUUGCCUGAUGGAUCCAAAUGGUACGAGCAAAGUUGUAAGCUUCCUGUAAUCCCUCUGUAUUGGUGCAACAAUAAAGAACUUGAAGAUGAACAGAUCUGUAUGUGUGGAAACUUAACUGUCGGCACAGACUAUUAUUUCUGCCUUGGGUGUGAUAAAAGAUACCACAAAGAAUGUGUUGAAUCUCCACUUGAAAUCAAACAUCCUUUCCACCCAAGACACUCUCUCCAACUUUUCAUGUCCACUUCUGAUUGUAAUAUGUGUUGUGACCGUUGUGGAAUAUUUCUACUUUUAUCGUGUUACCGUUGUACUAGCUGCAAUUUUACUUUGCACCCAUUGUGUGCUAUGAAGCCGAUACCCAUUGUUAAAAACCACCCAAAGAGGCAUCCCCAUCCUCUCACCUUUUUUCCUAGACAAGAUUCCUUAAGUUGCAAUGUUUGUGGCGUGAUAAAAAAGUUUCCCACGUAUAUCUGUGUUCGAUGCGACUUCGUAGUCCAUCGAGACUGUAUUAAUUUCCCAUAUGUCAUAAAGAUAUCCCGUCACCUCCAUCGUGUUGCUUUCACCUCUUCUCUUCCAUCCGGGGGAUGGUCUUGCGGAGUGUGUCGUCGAAAGAUUGACAACCAUUAUGGUGCGUACACUUGUCAACAGUGUAAUAACUAUUUUGUUCAUACAAGAUGUGCUUUGCGGGAAGACGUGUGGGAUGGAGAAGAACUCGAAGGAGUACCUGAAGAACUCGAUGUAGUUGUUGAGCCAUUCGAGACGAUAGCUGAUGGAAUAAUACUCCAUUUUACUCAUGGCCAUCAUAUGCGACUCGAGAUGAGUUUAACGUACGACCACACAAGAGUUUGUCAAGCAUGUGUCCUUCCGAUCUACGAGGGUCUUUUCUAUGCAUGCAUGGAUCAGUGUGACUUUAUCCUCCAUGAUUCAUGCGCAAAUGCUCCUCGGAGGAUACAACAUGCGUUACAUCCCUAUCCAGUUACGCUAAAGGCUGUGGGCAGUGAACAUGGUAGUGGUCAGUUUCACUGUAGCGCUUGUUCGCAGCGUGGUUGUGGUUUUGCUUAUGAGCGUUUCGACGGCUUCAUACUAGACGUAACGUGUGCCUCGGUUUCUGAGCCUUUUCAUUAUCAAGGCCAUGAGCAUCUUUUAUUCCUAGCUUUAGAUCCAGAAGAGAAGCCAAAAUGCCACGUGUGCAAAUCGGAGCCAAAAGGCAACGUACUAAACUGCAUCGAAUGUGAUUUUGUGCUAUGUUUCAUGUGCGCUACCUUACCAUACAAGGUAAAGUGUAAGCAUGAUAAACAUUACCUCACAUUUCGGUAUUGGGAAGAGGCAAGUGACUCAGAUUGGUGUGAGAUAUGCGAAGGGAAAUUAAUACUUGAAGCACAAGAUUUGUACUAUGAUGGGCCAUACGCCAAUGAAGGAACGACAUGGUUCUAUGAGUGCACUGAGUGUUGCACCACGCUUCAUAUUCGUUGCUUACUUGGGAAGCACAGAUAUAUGAAGCCUGGUCAGACUAUCACAGUGUAUAGGAAAACCUCCAUGAUGUUCAUGGGGAAGAAGUUAAUCUGUCAUAUUCUUCACAACGAUUCUAAUUCUCGGCCAAUUUGCAGUGGAAGAGAAUGCAGCCGCCGUUGUCCAUUCAAUAGUGUUUACAAAGUUGAUGCUGAAAUCUUUUGUUCUUUGGAUUGUGCCACUGCGUUAAGGAAUGACUGA